AUGACUCCAGAUCCCAGAAGUCAAAUCGCCCUCGCCACCAUUCUGUUCAUGGUGGGUGUAUCGUGUGCUUCAGGAUCCGUAGUUGCGUCCCCUCUGGUGCCUUCUCCGGCCUUCAUCAACACCGUGCCCUACGCAGUUCCACCCUAUGCCACCAGGGUGGACUUGGUCACGAGAGGCCUCAAGACUCCAUUCCUCCCAGCUCCGGCUCCGUACCUACCGCCUUCGGCCGUUUUUCCACGUCUUUUACCCUCUCCCGCAGUACUUCCUGCUCCGGCUUUUCCUAGGGUAGUACCUCCUCACGCCCUACCUGCCCCGGUCCUACCUCCUCGGGUACUCCCCUCCCCCAUCCUACCACCUGCUUUCCCUCCAAGGUUCCCUUCUCCUUUCCUGCCCGCCCCUUAUUUUCCUAACUUCUACGGUGGAACUCCAUUCCCAACGUCGUUCUCUGGGCCCUUCACGAUACCGGGAGCUCUGUUCCCGCCCUUCUUUUACAGAAGACGGGAUGUUAGCAGAGAGAAAGGGUUAACAUCACCACCACCGUCUCCAUCACUGCCAUCGCCGCUGCUGUCACUACUGCUGCCAUUAUCUGCCACUGGUGUUGAGGCUCCGGAGCCGGCUGUCGACAUUGCGGUCUCCUUUAGUGAUAAAUCACUGCCUCGUUUGCCUGGUGCACAAGGCAGUGAUGAUGGUAGCUGUUCCUUGCGGACAUCCCGCUGUCUGCGAGGACUGUGCCUCACAACUGGAACGGGAACAUCGGUUUUGCGUAGCUUGUAG